AACAAUAUACGUUUUACACAGUGUGAAAUUGUUUGAAAGUCAUAAGCUCAUCUGAACACAAAUCUUAACACAAAUCUGAAUCUUAAGCAACGAAAUUGUGUUCCAGGAUUGAUUGAAGCAGACCAGAACCGUAUCGAUUUGAAUAAAAGUGAAUCUGAUAAAGCAUUUCGCCAAUGUCUUUAUUCAGUUAUGCUCUAUGUAUUUGGACAACAAAAUGGUCGUAAUCGAAACGAAGAUAUAAUUGCUUUUCAGGCACUUCACGAUGCCUAUCCAUUUGGUCAUCAAUCCUUGGUAUUUGUAGUAAAUGGUGUUCCACCUGAUCGUGAUCGCACAUAUGGAGCAGAUGGUAUUAAACAAUUAAUGGCAGAAAAUAAACGGCAAACAGACGAAUUCAAACAAGAAAAACAUAAACAUCAACAGGAAAUACAAGUCAGGUCUAAUGGAUUUACGUCAUACAAUUCAGCUGUUAACAUUAAUACCUUGGGCAUUGUGGUAACGGGCAUUGAGGGAAUUAAUAUUCCAAAACAAAUUUGGAAUUCGAAGAAAAUGAACACAAUUAUGGCACUCCUCAUACGAUAA